AUGAAUUCGUACCAACUGUGGUGCCUUCUCUACUGCUCUUGUGGGGCCCUUUUCUACGGCUACGACUCGGGUCUAACGACCUCGAUUAUCGCCUACCCCGAGUUCACAGGAUACUUCAAGUUCAAAUCCUCUACCUUGGGCGCGCUCGGAUCGGUGUACUACGCUGGGAUCGCCAUCGGCGCGGCCACGAUCGCAUACUUGGCGGACAAGUUCGGACGAAGGAGAGUCGUUCAGAUCUCAUGUGCGAUUUCCGUAAUCGGCGCUGCCUUGCAGACCGCCGCUGUCAACCUUCCUAUGCUUCUUGUGGGCAGAGUCAUUGGUGGGAUCGCUUGCGGAAUUAUCUGGUCGUUGUGCCCCAUGUACCUCAGCGAGUUGUCACCACCUCACCUCCGUGGUACAGUUGGAUGUCUAUACAGCAUCACACUCAAUGUCGGCUAUGCUGGCAGCGAGUGGAUGGGGCUGGGUUUCUCGUAUCUGCAUGGCGGUCAAGUCAAGUGGCGCAUUUUCCUGGGGCUUCAAAUUGUCUGCGCCGUCCUAAUGUGUUUGGGGUCGUUCACUGUAUGCGAGUCCCCAAGGUGGUUGAUUGCGCAAAAGAGGGAUGACGAAGCUCUACGGGUUCUGGAAAGACUACAUCAAGGCAAGCAACAAUCACUUGAGGAUGAGAGAGAGCAUAACAGAAUUCCCUUCUACAGAAGAGAAUUUAACCAAAUCCAAGCGCAAAUUCGCUUCGAACAGGAAAGCCCUCAGGUGGGAAUUGUGGCUGCGAUGGAACGACCGUCGUACCGAAAACGCAUCUACCUUAUUGUCUUCUUCUUCGUCUUUCAACAGCUGACGGCGGUUAAUGGCCUGCAAAAUUACCAGGUUAUCCUCUACAGAACACUCGGGCUGGGGGGGAAGAUGCCGCUUAUCCUGGUGGGUGUUUGGGGCACUACAUCGCUCAUCAUGGCCAUUCCGUGCAUGUACUUCCUCGACCGUUGGGGCCGUCGACCAAACUUUUUCAUCUCCAUGUCGAUUAUCCUCGUUUCCACCACUAUGUUGAUUGUCUUCUGGGCAAGGUACGAGAAGGGCCAUAACACGAACCAUGCGCUAGGAAGUUUAGCCCUCUGGAGCAUGUUCAUGUGGCUUGUUGGCUACGGCUGGGUAAUGAAUGCCUUCGGCUAUACAUAUACCCCCGAGAUUUUGCCCAUGGAGAUCCGCGCUACGGGCAUGGCUUUAGGAUACGCGGCCAAGACUGUGACCACAAUCUGGGUGGUGCAAGUCACUCCCGUUGCAAUCAGGAACAUCAGCUGGCGGUUUUUCAUCAUCUUUCUUAUCUGUGACGCCUUUUUCCUUGUGGUGUUUUACAUCUUUUUCCCAGAGACCGCCAAUAUCCCUCUCGAAGAAGUCGCUGCGCUUUUUGGCGAUAAUGUCGUCGUCAAGCUGGAUGACGCUGAAAAAGUCCCUGGACAGAUCGAGAAUGAGAUCGAAUGCGCCAACCACAACGAGAAUCCCGGUGCAACACAGCACAAGUCGAUCGUCGUCGAUCACGUCGAGGUCCUCAAGUAG